AUGACGUCGGUGCCUUCUACUGAAGAGACGGUAAAGGAAACGACGACGUUCACGACGGAGACGUUGGAAGUGGUGCCGGCACGUUCCAUUGAUAAAUUGGAGGAUAUUACAAUGGAGACGACUGAGACAACGGAGACGUCUGAAAUGUUGUCGGAGGAAUCAUCUACCGAGGAUAUGGCAAAUACCGAGGAGACCGCGACGGAGACGUCGGAGGUGGAGUAUGAGGAGCCAUCUACUCAGGAUAUGGCGAAGACCGAAGAGACCACGACGAUUACGACCGUGACGGAAAUGACGUCGGUGCCUUCUACUGAAGAGACGGUAAAGGAAACGACGACGUUCACGACGGAGACGUUGGAAGUGGUGCCGGCACGUUCCAUUGAUACAUUGGAGGAUAUUACAAUGGAGACGACUGAGACAACGGAGAUGUUUGAGAUGUUGUCGGAGGAAUCAUCUACCGAGGAUUUGGCGAAGACCGAGGAGACCACGUCGCCUUACAUCAGCGAGAUGGAGGAGGUCAUAACGAAGGCGCCGGAGGAAACGGAGUCAUCGGAGGUGGUGUCUGACUUGCCGUUUAUCCAGGAGAUGGAAGUCGAGACCGAAGAGGUCACAAUGCAAACGACCGUGACAACAGAUGUAACGUCGGUGCUUUCCAUUGAAGCGUCGAAGGAGAUCACGACGAAGACGUCGGACAUGGAAGGUAGCAGCCCUUUAAUGACGUCCGGAAUAAUGGCCUCUUUAAUGGAUUCUUCCGCCGAAUUAACUCCUGACACUCCACUUAUGAGUAGAAUGUUAUUCACGGUGGAUCCACAAGCGAGUAUCGUAAUUGACGCGCCGAAGAUUGGUUUCGCCAAGAAAACGAUGAAGAAGGUCAAAGAGAUUUUGAAGAAGGAAAAGGAUGUUAUAGCUGUGACGACGCAUUCGUCCCAUGAGACACGAAGUGUGCGUGCUGCUGCUGCAUGGGGGGAAGAGGUCGGAAGCUAUAAUGCAGAAUCUGCGCACAUGAGGGAUUUCAACCAAGCUUUGUUGUUACGUCGUGAGCAAUCGCUGAGAUUAGCUUUCGACAACAUCACGUGUGCUGAUCAAGUGAGUGAGAGCUCCAAGGAGCUAACGAAUGUGGUGAAAAGUGUUACCGGCUAUGCUGACCCAGGCACGUUAAAUGCGAUAGUUGGAGCGGGCCGAGCCGGCAAGUCCGCCUUCCUAAGCGCCCUGGCAGGUGAAAAGGAUCCAACGAUGGGCAGCAUUUUCUACAACGGGAACGAAGUUAGUGCUGUGGUGCGGCGUCGUGCCACAGGCUUCUGUUGGUUUGGUGAUGAGCAUGUAGUUUGGCAUGGAACGACCACAGUUCGUGAAGCUUUGUGCUUCAGUGCCUACCUCCGCCAAGGCGACGAUGUUCCUGAAACUCGUAGGCUCGAAACGAUUGAAUCUUGUCUCGAGCUCGUGGGACUCACAGAUCUGGCCGGACAGUACAUAAGUUCAUGCUCUACAGUGGAGACUCGCCUCGUCGCAAUUGGGGUGGAGCUUGCAUUCGCUCCAAGCAUACUUCUUCUGGAUGAGCCUACGAGCGGCCUCGACGCGGAUAGUGCGCAAAGAAUUAUUUGCGUAUUGGAACAAGUGGCCCGUACUGGCCGCACAGUCGUGUGCAGCAUAGCUGAUUCGUCACCUACCACCGAGUUGCGCGCAUUCGAUCGACUAGUCUUGCUGUCAAGAGGUGGUGAGACAAUUUACCAUGGUGAAACUCACCGAAUGGUGCAAUAUUUGGAAGCUCUUCCUGGCGUGAAGGGGUUAAGCAGUGGCAAGAGCAUUACUGCAUGGGCACUCGAAAGUGUGGGCGUAAGAUCCACAAUCUCUCUCGCGGCUCGCACGAACACGAAGAAGAAAAAGCAUCGGCGUGCUGGCUCAAUGUUAAGUACUUCAGAUAUUGUUAACUGUGAGAAGGAGACCCGGUUUGUGCAGUUGUUCCAACGCAGUGAAGUUAAGCGAAAGCUGCUUACACAAAUGCAGCGUGCGGGCUAUCUGCAUCCAGACUCGAAAGAGCAGCACGCACUAAUUACAGCUUACAGAAGCGGAAACCUGCGGGUGCAGGCGUCUUCGUGGGAUACGCAGAUGAAGUGGCUUGUCCGACGCGUUAUACUCUCCUACUCACGCAGCUUGUGUUCGAUUUGCUCGGUGACAAUGACAUUAGCAACGACCAUGAAGUGGCAACUCCUUGGAGUAGUAGGAGUACUCAUGGCGACCUUGAUGUGGUUCGUCUGGGUCCGCAUUGCAACGAGGAGCACGGAGUAUGACACUUUCGAUGGAGUAAAUUACGGUGCAUCACUAAUUGCAUGGUCGACUCUAGUACUAGGAGCUAGCUUCGUGCUCGGCGCAAUCGCCAGGUCUGGUCACGGAAAUGCUUGGAGGGAGAAUGCGUGCUGGCGUCGUGAGCAGGCUUGGCAAGCGUAUCCUGCAGUGGCUUACCACUUCUGUUCCAGCGUUGUGGAGCUGGUAUUUGUGCUUGGGAUCACGCUUGUAGCUGCAAUGCUUACAUUCACCCUGUUCGGAUUUUGGUCAAUUACCAAGAGCGGCAACUUUGCCCUCUACUGGUUCACUCUCGCAAUCUUCGCUCUAGGACAGGUGUACCUAGCCCAGUGGCUUGUGCGGUUGGUACCACGUGAAAGCAUUGCUGCAGUUGCAGGCACUGGCGUCAAUCUGCUUCCGCUGCUGUCAUUCGUGUGGUCUUGGAGGAGUAGUGCUGUGAGCAGACUGAUGUCUUUGUUAGUGUCUUUGACGCCUCAACACUAUGCACUUCAGGUACUGCAAGCACUCGUAUUUGAUGCUGCCGCCGACUCGUGCGUCUAUGAUGGUGGUGGCAUUCAAGCUGAAAGUGAGCUGCCAUGUCGCGAUUUACGGUUGAUUCCAUCGGAUGAACGCUACUUCAAUAAGGAUUUCUUGUACGCGGAGAUCAAGUACAGUGUCGAACGCGGCAGCGUGGCUCUUCGUCUUUUUAAGCUGGGAGUGUUUCUGGCGAUGUUCCGCUUCCUCGCGAUCGUUGCCCUAAAGAAGCGGCAAACCCCUUCAUGA